CGACUCCUCUCUUUUCUUCUCUUACUUCGCGCCGUGCGGGAUUUGUAGGAGCGAAGCUGUGAUAUGCCCCGUUGUAUUCUGUCGGUCUUACUGCUGAACUAGUCUCAUAGAACUUGCUUUGGAGUAAGCCUGCUCAAGAGUGUACUGUCAAGAGCUCUCCGUCGAGAUGUUUCUGAGAUCCAGCCUACCGUUCAUCACAAAAAUACUGAAAUUCAGUGUCAGGGGUGCACCAUGAUCCUGUGCAUGUUUACUCUGAAUUACCUUCUGCUUCCUGAAUGGGCCAUAAACAAGGUGGAAGUUGGAAACCACAAUGUUUUCCAGUUUGUCUACCUCAUCUGCUGUAGCAACAAAACUCUCCUCCUCUGAUGCAUUUAAAAGUCACAGUAUCUGCUGCCUGCUAACCAGAAGGUCACAGGGAUUUCACAUGAAAGAUGCUGGUGUUCUUUACAGGAAAAACAUGGGAAUCCUGAGAAAGCUAGUAUGCCAGGAAAGUACAACAUUCAAGAAUGUUUGGACAACACAUUCCACAUCUCCAAUUGCUUAUCAAAGUGGAAAGAUAUAUUUUGACAAUUACAGGUGCUGCGUGAGUAGUGUCACACCAGAGCCCAGGAUAAUUUACCAAAUGCCAGCAUGCCCUAAAUCAGAAAAAAUAGAGGAUGCUUUACUCUUGGAGUGUCCUGUGGGUGAAGUACUGCCCAAUCCAUCAGACUAUAAACCUUCCUUGGCAGUUCUGACUGCUCACAACUGGCUUUUUCGUCUCUGCGCAAGUACGGGAGAAAUACUUGAAAAAGUGCACCUUGCUUCCCACUGCAAAUUCAGAUACCUAAGCUGGGACACUCCUCAAGAAGUCAUGACCAUAAAAUCAGCACAGCAUAAGCUCCCACCAGCUUCACAGCAGAGUCACAUCCAGCAGUCUGUGCUUUUCUUUCUUGCUGUAUUCAGAGUUCUGCCGCUUUCAUUUAUCGGAAUGCUGGAACUUGACAAAAAAAUCUUCGGGAACAGCAUGACGGAUGCAGCAGUGUCUCAUACGGUGCUGAUUGUGACGCACAGUACAGGCCGGUUCAGACUGUACAGCUUCCAGGCUAUCUCCGAACAGUUCAUGGUGCAUCGGGUGGAUUUGGGGCAUGAAUACACCUGGAAUGACAAAGUUGGAAUUGUGGGAAAAUACCCUUUUGGUAUUCCGUGUAACAUUAAAAUAACAGAAACUCCAGAUCUUCUGUUUGAAGUGUCUUCCCUGGAGAACACAUUUCAAAUUGGGGGAUUCCCUUGGCAUUACAUCACCACGCCUAACAAGAAAAGUCAAAAAGGAACCUUCCAUGUUUGUUCUCUGAAGGACCACACUUUGGCAAAGAAUGGCAUACAGGAUAUGAAAUGUUGCUCAUUGGAACCUGACUGGAUAUUUUUCCAUCCAGACAGUUCUGGGAGGAUGGUACAUGUGGGACCAAAUCUGAUAAAGGUUUUGAAGCUGAAGGAAACCGAAAAUGAUGCAGAGCAACAGGAGGUUACAGAAGACUUUAUCAUAAAGGCCAACAGGGAAAAUAAUGUUAACAACUCUGUGACAGUAACAGCCUCUGGACGAGUGGUGAAGAAGCGCUUUAAUGUAUUGGAUGAUGACCCUGAACAAGAGACUUUCAAAAUUGUUGACUAUGAAGAUGAAUUGAAUUUGCUGUCCAUUGUGGCAGUUACUCAGAUAGGAGCUGAUGGAACGGCUCAUCUUGACUUUCACUGCAAUGAGUACGGGACACGGCUGAAAAGCAUCCCUUUGGUGGAAUCUUGGGAUGUGACAUACAGCCAUGAAGUUUACUUUGACAGAAAUGUAGUGCUGCACAUAGAACAAAAGCCCAACAGGAUCUUCAGCUGCUACGUUUACCAGAUGAUUUGCAGUAGUGCAAAGGAAGACAAAAGCAUAAAGAAGAAAAAAGGGGAGAGACGGUUUUGUAAAAAACUGGGGAGAACUUUUGAGUAUUUUUAGCAUUCCACCUGUUUUAGAGGCUUAGCCACGGACAACAGUGAAAGCCUUAUAAGCCUGUUUUUUAUUAAUUAAUAACCAGCUUCAUCUGUGUAAAUGUAAAUAUGUUAAAACGAUUGAUGCACUGUAGUAUUUAUUUGUUAUUCUCUAACAUGUAAUUGCAUUUCUUAUCUGGGCUUUUAGAAAAAGAAGGCACUUUCCAUUUAGGCCAAGAUACUGUUUGGAAGAGUACGAAAGCUUUUGAUAACUGUAUUUAUUUAUAUAUUCUUUUAAUAUAUAUCUGUGUUCUUUAAGCAAGACCCCAAAGAAAAAUUCAACUACUUUUUAAUAAACAAGUGCUUUCCAGAGCAAGGUUAUAGUUAGGCAUUAUCUAACAGAAAUGAGGGGUGUUCUCUAUCAUGGCGGUUAUAUAAUGGCCUAACAUGCAAUUAUUUUCGGCCUGUUCCAGCUGGGGGCAGCGCUGGCUGAGAGGGUGGGCUGAUGGCUCAGUGGGGCAGAGGGGAGGCACAGAGGCAGUGGCCACAGUUCCUCCCUCUCUCAGAUGACCAGGACCCCGCCUGCAAUCAGAAAGACUGCUGGGUGCCACUGCUGUUGCUGUGUAUGCUUGGAAAGGGGCCCCUGUGUUUACAACUAAAAAUGUUAUCCUGCAGUGUGCUGUUCAUCAACAGUAAGGACCCAAAAAUUCAAGCUGGCUGUUCAUCGUCCUAUUGUACGAAUUUGGCAGGAUCGUGUGUUUUCAUUCCUAGAUUUGUUUAAAAUGGCUUGGUGCACCGUUCCUUUGAGCAUUUUCUCUUUUAGCCAUGACACAAUGGAGGAAGAAUAUCUGGAAGGAAACUUCAUUUCAGACAGCUGUUCCUGGUCAUUAAUAUAUGACUUCUUUCUGUUUUUAAUACUU